AUCGCGACAUGGUCUGGAAGGCUAAGUCUAUGGAUGGGUGCCAAGUAUAACGUGGAGCCGACCGGGAUCGCCCCAUCCGAUGCACACGAUCUAGCUGAUACACAAGCCUCGUUCAUUGUCGCACGAUAGGUCGUUGCAGAUGUUGCUCGGCGCAGCUCGGAGAGCAAUCACCCGUCCAUCGAUUCGUGUCACGAAGCCUUGAUUGCUGACAACACCUCACUAUCGAAGGCAUCUCCGAUUCCCCCACAUCCCGCAAAAUCGCCAAGUCGGCUGCCCAAAGCACGCCCAGAUCCAUGGAUCUGGAUGAGCUCAGCCCCUUGCCCCAGAUUCUAGUACCCCAGAUGUGGAGUCACUACCGGGGUAUAUGUACGACCUCAGCUUCCCCAGACCAGACCGUCCAGCAGUACAGGCCAUUUCAUCUCAUUCAAAAUGCCGUCUUUCACAGCAAACCCCAAUCCUCACAGCAUCGUUGAUGUGUCAGAGCUGAAGGAAGCGCCGUUGCACAACGAAAUCGUCGAAGAGCAUGAUGAUCUCAAGGGGUUUCCAGACCAGGAAGUCGAGCAGACGGUCUGGCAGGAGAUCAAGAGCAGUCCGCGUAUCAUCGCCUACACCGUGCUGGCGAACGCUGGGAGCCUUGCGUUCGGGUUUGAUAUCUUGGUGACUGGUGCAGUGACGGCGCUGCCAGCGUUUUCCAUGACCUAUGGCGAGCAGUACAAUGGCCAAUUAAUCUUGCCUGCACUCUGGCAGGGCCUGUGGACUGCUUUCAUCCAGCUUGGUAUCAUGAUCGGUGCUGCUGGAAGUGCCCCUUUCCAGGACCGCUUCGGUCGCCGUAUGGCUUUCGUUCUGGGUGGUUUUGUGUCCGCGAUUGGUACAGCAUUCGCAUACGCCUCACCAGAGUCCGGCGUAGAUUUGACAGGCCGCCGUACUCUGUUCCUAUUCUCGAAGAUCAUCACGGGCGCUGGUAUCGGCGUGCUUAUGACGACUUGCCAGACGUACGUCUCGGAGAUAUCACCCGUUAAGCUCAGGGGUGUUCUACUUGCGGUGUUUCCUUUUGCAGUCUCCAUCGGCCAGCUCGUGGCGGUAACACUGGUCUUCUCGCGCAUUAUGGUCUUCGAUGUGUCGUCUUUCAGAAUUCCGUUCGCUGUGCAAUGGGGCUUCAGCGGCCUUGCUAUCAUAUCCGGUCUCGUCGUUCCCGAGUCUCCCUCCAUGCUCAUGGCCCGCAACGAGCCCGCCGCAGCAAGAAAGUCGUACCUGCGUCUUCACGGCUCCAAAAUCGAUGCCGAUCUCGCACUGAGCAAGAUACAAGCCAUCCUCGAUCAUGAGCAGGAACAACAUGCCAACAGCGGCAACGCCUCAUUCACUGAAUGCUUCCAAGGUAGUAACCGCAGACGCUCGUUCAUCAUCAUGCUAGUUGCACUCUUGCAGUAUCUCCUCGGCGUCUCGCUGCUUGCAAAUGCCAACUACUUCCUGAUUAUGGCUGGUAUGAGUCCGACACAGUCGCUACAGAUCUCGCAGAUUGGUAUUGGCGUCCAGAUCGUUUGUAUUUGUAUCGCAGGUGUGACAAUGACGUGUUUUGGCAGGAGGGUCAUUGUGCUAUACUCUUGCGCCGCGACAGGUAUCGUGUUCAUUGGCCAGGGUGUAGCAGGUUUUUUCCAGCACAACACGAACGCCCUAAAAUUCAUCGGUGUAUCGAUCCUCCUCGUCGGCGCCAUUGCUACCCUCGGCGUCGGUACCACCUGGCCAGUCCUCAUCGGUGAGAUGUCAUCUGUCCGCCUCAGGGCAAAGUCGUCUGCCAUUGGCUUCAUGACGAACGCGCUAGCUGGUGUUGCGUUCAGUAUCUCAGUGCCCUACAUGUUCAAUGCCGAUGCAGGCAACCUGGGCGGCAAAAUCGGCUUGGUCUUUGCUUUCUUUUGCUUCUUGGGGCUGGGCUUGUCCUGGCUGUACUUGCCCGAGACGAAGGCUAAGUCGUACGAGGACCUGGAUUAUCUGUUCGAGAGAAACGUGUCGGCGAGGCAGUUCAAGAAGGCGGUGCGUGGUGAUUAUAAUUAA